AUCCAUAGUAAAAAGAAGUAAAAAAAAAAAAAUUCAUAUUUCUUAAGAACUCCAGAGAGUGCGUCAAUGGACAUCUUAUCCCCCAAAUUGUUCCCUGAGAUAGUAAUAGAAGAUCCACUUCCUCAUAUGUAUCAACAUCAUCAAAUGAUGAACCCCUUCGAUUUUCCUCUCGACGAUUUCGACUUCAACCUUUUCUCUUCAGAGAUGCACUACCCAUGUGCGCCGUUUGUUCCGGAAACGACGCGGGGUAUCGUGGAUCCACUGGCUGAAGCUGCUCCGACAAUCAUGGAGAGGCCAAUGAAGACGCCAAAGACCAAGAUCUGGAGCAAAACCUGCUCGCCUAAAACAUACGAAGCCUCGAGAAGGGUGAUGUCCUCGCCGUCGUCUAAUACCCAGUUGAUAUCUUUUGGGAGCUUGGAUCUGUCCCCGACCGAAUCGCAACAGCUUUACGGUUCUUAUGAGAUCCAAGAUUGUCAAAAAGAAAUGAAGAGAGCUGGGGCAAUGAGUAGACCAACUUUACAUACACAAGAACAUGUGAUUGCAGAGAGGAAGCGGCGCCAGAAGCUUAGCCAGAGCUUCAUUGCUCUCUCUGCCAUCAUUCCUGGCCUGAAAAAGAUGGACAAGGCAUCGAUCCUUGGCGAUGCGAUCAAGUACAUGAAGCAGCUUCAAGAACGCAUCAAGAAACUCGAGGAAGAGGUGGCAAUCAAGAAUAAGAAAUCAGUUGUGUUUGUAAAGAAGUCUCAAGUGUCGGCAGACAAUGAUAUGUCAUUAAAUCAGAACUUCUACAACCAAUUCGAGCAACAACUCCCGGAGAUCGAAGCAAGAGUCUUGGAUAGAAAUGUUCUUUUCCGAAUCCAUCACGAGAAACGAAAGGGAUAUACGACAGAGAUACUCAGUGAAAUAGAGAAGUUGAAACUAUCUGUCCUCAACAGCAGUGUACUACCGUUUGGGAGUUCCAUGCUAGAUAUGACCAUCGUAGCUCAGAUGGACGUUGGAUUCUGCAUGAAAGCUGAGGAUCUCGUCAAGAAUCUACGCCAAGCUAUUCUCAGGAUUGCGUGAUCAAUCAACAUCAUUUUCGUUCUUUUAUUUUCGAAAGUCUCGUCUGAUUUUUCCUUUCGUCAUUUGGAAGUUAGCUACUCUUUUGCCUCCCAAUAGAGUGUUUUCGGACCUUGUGAGCGAAAACCUUUGAGUCUCUCUUGACCAGACCACAACCUAGCGGCACGAAAUGUCUUGUUUUGACUAAGAGUUUCUAUUUUGCUAAUGGGUUUUUUCCAUCUGUUUUUUUUUUCAUGGUCGACAUGUUUGGCCAUGUUGAAAUCUUACCCACGAGCAGUAUAGAAAUCUUCUAGUACAUUGUUUUUUAAGGGUCACUUCUCUUUUUUUUAAGAGGUUUGACUUUUCAAUGAAGCCUCUUUUUUGCACUCUAAUUGCAAGUGGAAAUGGGUCUUGCUCAGAUAGACGAACCGGAACUUUUCUCUCUCCCGGUUAGAUUGGGUGUGCAGUCUUUUUUAGAUCUUUUGUUCAGAAGCAUUCUGUAUUUAUCAGUUCAUAUGUGUUGCAAUCAAAGUAAAUUGAACGAUUGUGGGAUGAUCUUCUUGUUGUAUAUAGUGACUUAGGUUCAGAUGAUUUUGGUCC